GCUGCAGCUAUUGGUUUGCUUAAAUGGAUGCCAAAGAACAAGAGUUUAAUAGGCUGCUUAACAAUGAGGCUGCCGGCAAGAAUGAAAAGGUUUAUGGCCUGACAACGGAAAUGCUGAACAUGAACGAACUCAGUGUAACUGUGGAAAAAGCACCACCCGAACGCGAUCAGUGGGGCAAGGGCGUGGAGUUUUUGUUCUCCUGCAUUGCUUUGAGCGUUGGCCUGGGCAAUGUUUGGCGCUUUCCAUUUAUAGCGCUGGAAAAUGGCGGCGGCGCAUUUCUUAUACCCUAUUUGAUUGUGCUAAUACUAGUGGGUCGACCUGUUUACUACUUGGAGGUGAUCAUUGGACAGUUUUCGGGACGCGGCUGCAUUGGCGCUUUUAAUAUGGCGCCCAUAAUGAAAGGCGUUGCUUAUGGACAAAUAUACUCAACGGCCUUGGCUACCACUUACUAUGCCUGCAUUAUGGCUUUGACUAUACGCUAUUUGGUUGUAUCGUUUGACUCGGUGCUGCCCUGGACUUACUGCUUGCUGGAGUGGGGCAGUGAGUGCGUUGCUACAGGCGCUUCAGGCACACCCAAUGGCACGCAGGGCAUUUCCUCAGCGGAGCUGUACUUUACCCGCACUGUGCUACGCGAGCCAGACACUUUGGAUGAAGGCGGCCUGGGCGUGCCUAGCUUGGAAAUGGUGCUGUGUCUGCUGAUUACCUGGAUCAUUAUUGCGCUAACACUGUACAAAGGCAUACGCAGCUCGGGCAAGGCUUCAUACUUUCUGGCGCUCUUCCCUUAUGUCAUAAUGUUUAUUUUGUUUGCGCGCGCCAUCACCUUGCCCGGCUCCUGGCAGGGCAUUGUGUACUUCUUGAAGCCGCAGUGGUCGCAGCUGCUCAAGCCGAAUGUGUGGUAUGCUGCCAUUACACAAAUGUUCUUCUCGCUGGCCAUUUGCUUUGGCACAUUGAUCAUGUACGCUUCGUUCAAUGAUUUCGGCAAGCGCGUGCAUAAAGAUGUCAUAAUCAUUACCACAAUUGAUUCGCUAACGUCUAUACUGGCUGGCUGUAUUAUCUUUGGCAUACUGGGCAAUCUUGCUUAUGAAACAAAUACUACAGAUAUAUCGCGUGUGGUUAAGGGCGGCGCCGGCUUGGCUUUCAUUUCAUAUCCAGAGGCUAUAGCCAAGUUCAAAUAUUUGCCACAGCUGUUUGCUGUGCUGUUCUUCUUCAUGCUGCUGGUGCUGGGCAUUGGCAGCAACAUAGGCAUGGCCUCGUCGGUCAUCAAUGUGGUUAAGGAUCGCUUUCCACAGCUGCCGCAUUGGCAGCUGGCCAUAUACGCUUCUUUGAUAGGCUUUCUAUGCGGCUUGGUCUACAUGACGCCUGGCGGACAGUUUGUGCUCAAUCUGGUGGACUUCUAUGGCUGCACUUUCAUAGCCAUAGUGCUGGCUAUAGCGGAGCUGCUAGCUGUAGGCUGGAUUUACGGCAUCAAGCGGCUAUGCAACGACAUCGAGUUUAUGCUAAAUGUCAAGACGAGCUGGUACUGGCGCAUUUGCUGGGCGAUUAUAGCGCCGGGUUUGAUGUUCCUAGUGCUUGUCUAUACGCUGGCCAGCUAUGAGCCGCUUACCUACAAGGGCGUCACUUAUCCACAGGCAGCUUAUACAGCGGGUUGGGCGAUUUGGGGAUUGGGCGUGGCACAGCUGCCCUUCUGGGCCAUUUGGACUAUUUGCCAGCAGCCUGCACGCAGCUUUACUGAGAAAUUCAAGCUAGCGCUGCAGCCCACACCCAACUGGGGUCCACGCCAGGCGGAACAUUUGCAGGCUUACAGACUGCAUCGUCAGAAGUUGUCAGAGGCUAAAACAGCAAGCGGCAGCGGCUUUUUUGACAACAUCUUUGGUUAGUCUUUAUUGUUAGUACAUACUUUUAAUCAUAAUAAUAAUAAUAUUUAAUUCGAACGUAAUGCAAAU